AUGGACUUGGACUUGGACCCUUGGGAACGCGUUGGCUCCAGAGACCCUUUGGGAGACGGUGAUACCUCAUUUUCCGAAAUAUCUCCUUACUGGCCCCCUAUCUUCACAGAAAGUGACAAUACCGAUACACUGUUGGUGGUAAUCCUGGCACAGUUGAACGAGAAAGAAAAAAAGUACUUGGGCCUUUACUGUCAGCACUUCAGUGGUAGAAAGGUGCUUCUUUGGACUCCGUCCAAGAGCAUUCUUGAGUGUUUGACAGUGCAAGGAGUCCACCGCGAUAGCCAGGCCAAUGUUUAUGGCCUGGCGCGGCUCGCUCACACUUUGGGCCUCAGAUAUGAUGCUACGGGCUCCUCUAUUACUGGGGUAGACGGGCGUACGUUCUUUAUGGUUGUUGACGAGAAAGCGAAGGUCGAUGGCUUGAGAAAAGCAGGCGAUUUUUAUGACAGGGAAGGCAAUAUGCGUGAAAUCCCAUUGCUUGCGGUCUCUGUCAGAGAAGGACCGCCAUUCGCCGAACAGGUUGCCCGGGGAGACAUGGAACCCGCCAUUCCAGAUCCUGAAAAUGACUAUUUUGGCUCGAGUAGUCUCAGUUUGGAAAAAGGAUGGGGAAGUAUUCCUGGAUUCGAAGCCGAUCCGACUCGUCCAACGAACAAGAACAGAUGGGGUAUCCGGGUAGCCGUGUCUCGACACAUCUUUCAAUCCAAUGGUAUGGGAGACCUGAACUUCUCAGAUUCGGAGAUGCAGAAAACCUGGGACGCACCAUUCAGUAGCCUGAUAGAGAGGCGUGGAAGCGAAAUAGAUUGUUUUGACAACCGACUUGAGCAUGGAGGAAUGAUUCUCCACAACCCUGACAGAGGCAUCUUCACCGUGGAGAGCCCAGAUCUUCCCACCAGGUGGGAAAGCUUGUAUGCUGCAAUCGGAAUUCUCUCUCAACGACUUCCUGCAGAACUGGUUGCAGAGAUUUUGAAAGAUGUGGACAAAAGGCCAAACAGGAAUUUCCCGCGGGGAAUCCCUGUGUGGCUGAACCGACAAACUGAUAAGCACACCCAUAUUCUUGUGAUGUUUGAAGCAAAUGAUGAUGAGAUUCGUUGCAUAAAGGACGUUCUCCAUCACGCAAUCUGCGAGUUUUCAGAGACUCCGGGUCAUACAUUUGAGUUAAUCACCUGGGAUCAACACCGCAUCAGAUCCCGUCGAGACCUGUUCGCUUUCUGGGAAGAAUAUACUCAUUGUGACCCGGAUUGGAGACUUGGAAAGCCAACUCUGAACUUGCUUCUAAACUCGCCUAAAGAGAAUGACUUGCAUGCUCUUCAACGUUAUGGGGUGUAUGGUGCGGAAAUUUCCUACAACCCUGAUCAACCAUUCUGGCAUGUUCUACCACCCGCCGAGCCAGAUGGCAUCGACUACCUGGCCUGUGAAGGGUACCAAUUGCGCGGUGAACUAUGUGACAAGAUAUCAGUAUACUAUGUCUUUCGCCCCACGGACUCUGAGUACUUUGAAGCCCCGACUGAAUUCAAAGGGCUGGCAUGCUAUGCUCCGUGGAGAAAGGAAAGAGAUGGGACGCUGGAAGAUAUCUGGGAGAUCGUACUCCGCAUCUACAUGCGUGAAGAUAUGGGAUUUCAUUGUUCGCGCUUCUUUUGCCUGGAUCGACAGUCGCUUGUAGACAAUACACUUCUCCUUGUCGAGCCUGACUUUUACCUUGGAGGAAAGGCGGAGAAGGCCAGUUCGUUCGACGAGGCUGGCCCACCCAAGGCGUGUUACCUCCUGAUAUCCCAUGGCGAUCUGGCUGGCCUAGGCCAGAGCACCAUAGCAGCGGACUGUGGGAUAUCUUCCAGAGAUUUAGACUUUGAGCAAAUAAGGCAGAAGUAUGUCAACAGAUUCCAGCAACGUUCAGGGUGGGCCCUCUACUUCUGA